ACCCAAAAAAAAGAAGAAAAAGAAAAGAAAAGAAAGAAAAAAAAAACUUCAUAGAAAUUAAGUAUUCAUUAUUUGUUGUCUUGGCAUCGAAGUUCAAAGUUCAAUACACACUUUCUCUCCAUAUCUCUGAAAAUCUCAAAUGUGAACAACAUUCGAAUUUGUAAUUUGGGAAUUAGUAAAAUCAUUCUGGUGUUGUUUGCAUAUAUUCAAAAGAACUUGUUACCUUUUGAAUGCAAACAAACAUGUCCUAUUCUUGUUACUUCCUUCAAAGUGAGAACCUAAACAAUAAUUACCCUUUACUUCAUAAUUCAGAACACUAUUGCACCCUUGAAUCUUCUUCUACUAACCAAAACUCCCCAUCUUCUCUUAGUUUCUCACCUGAGAUUACUCCAAUGUUGAAGCAAGACCGCGUCGAACAUGACAAUGAAUCUUGCUUGACACAUGAUCAAGAUGACUUGAGCAACAAGUUAAGGGAAUUGGAAAGUGCUAUGCUAGGAUCUGAUGCAGAUAUUCUAAACACAUAUGGUGCUGCUAUGAUUCCACAAGAAUAUGACUCAUUCUUGAGGUGGGGGAAAAUGAUGGAGGUGAUAUCGCGAGGCGAUUUGAAAGAGAUGCUUUGUGCUUGUGCAAAAGCAAUGUCAGAGAAUGACAUGGAGACAACUGAAUGGCUGAUUUCUGAGCUGCAAAAAAUGGUGUCGAUUUCCGGGGAUCCGGUCCAAAGAUUAGGAGCAUACAUGUUGGAGGCACUUGUUGCAAGGCUAGCCACUUCAGGAAGCACAAUCUACAAUGCCUUGAGAUGCAAGGAACCUACUGGCAAUGAACUCCUUUCUUAUAUGCAUAUGCUUUAUGAGAUCUGUCCAUACCUCAAAUUCGGAUAUCUUUCUGCGAAUGGAUCGAUAGCCGAAGCAAUGAAGGAUGAAAAUGAAGUUCACAUAAUUGAUUUUCAGAUUAACCAAGGAGUUCAAUGGAUAAGCCUCAUAAAAGCACUUGCUGCAAGGCCUAAUGGAUCACCAAAGAUCAGAAUAACAUGUUUUGAUGACUCUACCUCUGCUUUUGCCAGAGGAGGAGGACUUAACAUAGUUGGAGAAAGGUUAUCAAGAAUUGCAAAUUCAUGUAAGGUUCAAUUUGAAUUUCAUGCUCUAGAAGUUUCCCCUUCUGAGGUGAAGCUUGAUGAUCUUGACAUUAGGCCUGGUGAGUCCAUUGCUGUGAAUUUUGCCAUGAUGCUUCACCAUUUACCGGAUGAAAGCGUGGAUAGCCGGAUAAAUCAUCGCAACCGGUUGUUAAGACUGGCAAAGUUCUUGUCACCUAAGGUGGUUACCUUGGUUGAGCAAGAUUCUAACACAAGUAAUCUUCCUUUCUUCCCACGUUUUGUUGAAACAAUGAACUACUACUUGGCUGUUUUCGAAUCAAUCGACGCAGCUCUUCCAAGGGAUCACAAAGAGAGGAUCAAUGUGGAACAGCAUUGCCUUGCUAGAGAAGUUGUUAAUCUGAUAGCAUGUGAAGGCGCAGAAAGAGUCGAACGCCACGAGGCUCUGAAGAAGUGGAGAUUGCGCUUCGAAAGGGCCGGAUUCUCACCAUAUCCUUUGAGUUCUUAUGUUAAUUCUUUGAUUAGGCAGCUUCAAGAAAGCUACCCUGGACAAUACACUCUAGAAGAGAGAGAUGGUGCUUUACUUCUUGGUUGGAAAAAUCAAUCUCUUAUUGUCUCUUGUGCUUGGAGAUGAAAAUUCAGUCAUAGAUUCAUGGUUAGUUUA